GAAGGAAGCUCAAGAGGGGCGGGUUGGGAGCCGGAGGCGGAGGCGGAGAAGAUGGCGGGGUUGUCGGUGCGGGACCCCGCGGUGGACCGGUCCCUGCGCUCCGUGUUUGUGGGGAACAUCCCAUAUGAGGCCACAGAGGAACAAUUAAAGGAUAUUUUCUCAGAGGUUGGACCUGUUGUCAGCCUAGGUACCGGCGCUCCCAUCAUAGAGUCGCCCUAUGGAGACCCUGUGAACCCCGAAGAUGCUCCCGAGUCCAUCAGCAGAGCUGUGGCCAGCCUUCCACCUGAGCAGAUGUUUGAGCUGAUGAAGCAGAUGAAGCUGUGUGUCCAGAACAGCCCCCAGGAAGCCCGGAGCAUGCUGCUGCAGAACCCCCAGCUGGCCUACGCCCUGCUGCAGGCCCAGGUGGUGAUGCGGAUUGUCGACCCGGAGAUUGCGCUGAAAAUUCUGCAUCGCCAGACUACCGUCCCGUCUCUGAUUCCUGGCAACCCUCAAGCAGGCCCAGGGCAAGGAGCUGGGCCUGGGCCAGGAGCUGGGCCUGGAGGACCUGGACCCGGAGGGCCUGGAGGACCUGGAGGACCGGGGCCAAAUGCACCCAUGAAUCAGCCAAACGUCCCCGUCUCCCAGCCACAACCCAUAGCAGGCAUGCAUGUCAACGGAGCCCCUCCUCUGAUGCAGCCACCCAUGCAAGGAGGAGUACCAGCCCCAGGUCAGAUGCCAACCUCCGUGCCUGGCCCUGGACCUGGACCCUUGGCUCCAGGAGGUGGCAUGCCAGGAGGUGGCCCGAUGCUCUUGGAACGUGGGCAAGUGGACAAUGAGAGUGAUGCUUUCCCCAGUAAUGCUCCAUCAGGGAACCUGCAGCUCUCUCCCGUGGGACCUGCCAGGCCUGCCUCUAUUGAGCGAGUUCAAGUGCCCAUGCCGGACCCGAGGGCCCCCAUGCAGCGUGGACCGAUGCCAGCUAGCGGACCACCACCUCGAGGCCUCCUGGGCGAUGCCCCCAAUGACCCACGUGGGGGAACCUUGCUCUCUGUCACUGGAGAUGUAGAGCCCAGAGGCUACCUUGGACCCCCUCACCAGGGGCCGCCCAUGCAUCACAUGCCCGGCCAUGACAGCCGUGGGCUGCCCCCUCAUGAGAUGAGAGGCGGACCCAUGGGAGAACCCAGGCCUUUGAUGGGAGAGCCGCGAGGGCCCUUGAUGGAUGGCCGAGGCGGGCGAGAUCCAAGAGGGAUGGAACCUCGAGGCAUUGAUGGCCGAGGCAUGGAGCCCAGAGUAAUGGAUGCCAGGGGCAUGGAGCCCCCUCGAGGAAUGGAGCCCCCUCGAGGAAUGGAGCCACGAGGAAUGGAGCCACGAGGAAUGGAACCUCGAGGAAUGGAGCCUCCAAGAGGGAUGGAGCCCCCCCGAGGGAUGGAACCCCGAGGCAUGGAGCCCCCCAGGGGGAUGGAUGGAAGAGGCAUGGAGCCCCCCCGGGGGAUGGAACCACGAGGCAUGGAGCCCCCCCGGGGAAUGGAUGGAAGAGGCAUGGAGCCCCCCAGGGGGAUGGACGGAAGAGGCAUGGAGCCCCCCCGGGGGAUGGAGCCUAGGGCUCCUGGCCCCACCCCAAGGGGUCCAAUGGCAGGGGGGAUUCAAGGACCUGGGCCUCUGAACAUGGGAGCGACGGGCCCACAAGGGCCCCGACAGGUCCCAAACAUGCCAGGGGCUGCGAUGCAGUCAGCUGGCAUACCAGGAGCAAGUGUGCAAGCCGCUGCUCAACCUGGGGGUUUCAGCCCUGGCCAAAACCAGGUAACACCUCAGGACCACGAAAAGGCAGCACUCAUCAUGCAGGUCCUCCAGUUGACUGCAGACCAGAUAGCCAUGUUGCCUCCGGAGCAAAGGCAGAGCAUUCUGAUCCUCAAAGAACAGAUACAGAAGUCCACUGGCGCCCCUUGAUCUACCUUCGGACCUGGAAACCUUCUCAUAGAGUUCGUCCCUUGUUGGAGACAGUCCUGGAGGCAGCUUCCAUGAUGCCCUUUCCUGGCCGGAGCCCCAGCAGCAGCAAAGGGGAGGGGAUCAUUUUGUUCAUUUUCACUUUCCGUUCAUUUUGUUUCCUUCUUUGUGUUUCCAAUAAAAUGCUGUCCUAAAUUUGAAUAAAC